GUGAAAUGAUUUACGUAUGUUUUGUUCAUUGGAAUAUCUUAUAUUCGUAGAAAUUUGACGAAAAAGGUGGUGGAUUGAAGGGAUCUUAUUUUGGCUCAAGAUGGCGACGGGACAGCCAAAGCUUUGCCCGUGAUUUUCUAAAGCGGUGGUCAUGUUAAUGUAUUAUAAAGCUCACAGUGCCAGAGAGAUGAAUGGGGAGGAGGGUGGGGAGGAAGGUCUCUCUGCCGCAGGGGCUUGGACCACCGCCACGUAUCAGACCCAGGAACUGAGCAAUGUGGUGCACAUCAUCGUCCCAGACCUAACGUGUAUACCUCAAGGUCAGCCAAAUGAUGCUCUGGCAACAGCCCUUAAUGAGGUGGCUAAUGGAGGUGGCCUUGUUGGGCAUGAGGAGGCAGGGCACCCCCAUGAUAAAGACCCUCUCUCAGCCCUUGCAGCUGCUGCUGAACUUGACCAAGUUCGCAAUGAUGUUGCUGUGGUUGAACACAUGAUGGAAGAAACCAAGUACAGUCACCUGGCAAGUGACAUGAGUGGUGCUGAACAAGGUGUUACAGUCAUGGCAGACGAUCCAGAUGGAAUGCAUCAUGGAGUUGUAGUCAAUUUACAGAUGGAAGAAAAAGUAAUGCCCAUGGUGCCCUUACCUCUUGCUCCAUUUCUGCACCCUGACGACCCUGAUGGGAUGUUUUAUAAUGAGGUCUACCAUUACCUUAGUUCUGGUACCUUCCCGGAGGGCACCACAGAUAUUUACAAGAAAGUCAUCAAGAAGCGAGCUACAAAUUACUUGAUAAAUGAAGAUGGGAGACUAUCUUAUGGUCACAAGAUGCCUAAAGAGGUUAUAACUAGUUCUGAAGACCAGAGGCGGAUCAUAGAAUCUGAGCACAUUGACCACAUGUCAGGUGUACAUUUUGGAGUGAAAAAGAUGUACAGCAGUAUAUUUAGUAAGUUUUAUUGGCGCACCAUGUAUGUCGAUGUCGGAAACUACUGCAGACGCUGUGAAAAAUGUACUGAAGUUGCAGUUUCAAGUUUCCGUGACCUAAUACAGGCAGAAACUGGAGAUGAUGUAGGGGAUGAUGAUAUCCAAAAGAUCACCACUUUACCAACUGACCGAAUUAUUCGAGUUUGGAAAAAGGUGCAAGUAAAAAUCUACGGCCCAUACAACAGAACAGUUUAUGGCAAUGAAGUACUGGUGACGAUUGUUGACCCUUUCUCCAGGUGGAUCAUUGCUCAGGCCAGUCCUGAGGCAGGGGUGGAAAUCUGCUGUGCAAAUUUCAUCUUUGAUGCCUUCUGCCAGUUUGGCUUUGCACAGUGUCAUGUUGUUGGGAUGAGUUCUGAAAUGUUUGAACAGAUGCAGGCAUGUUACAAAGAAAAAUUUGAUAGCACUCAGGAUGUUCUCCGAAGUUUAGUACCAUUUGAUUCUGAGGAUGCCCAGCAGAGCUUUCUCUUCACACUACAAGAAGAAUCACGGGAAUGUUGUUGGGCAGGUGACAUGUUAGAUCAUUUUUGCACUGAAAAUGCAACAACAUGGGACCAAGAAGUUAACCGCUACCUCUUCCAGUUUCGUACCUCAGCAGCAUUCGUUGGUGGAGUUACCCCCUUCAGUAUCAUGUUUGCUCGUAAUCCCACAGGGUAUGUGAGUGAGGAAGAAAAAGAGAACAUCAACAUCCUUGAAGAGGAGAAAGCACUAGAAGUGCCAUCUAAGAGAAGAAGGCUCCAAAGCUCUACUCUGCAGUGUCGUCACUGCCAUGAAACUUUUACUAGUAAGAUAAGUUUUCGUAUUCAUCAACGUAAGCACACUGAGGAGGCUCGAAAACGUGGCACAAUGGAUGGAGAAGAACCACUAAGGCCAAUUCUUCAAGAAAAGAAACCUCAGCCCCGAAAGCUUUUAUCACGCAAGAGAAGGAGACCUUUUGGCAGAGGUCCUGAACGACUUCUCACCCUUGCCUCAUCUGAUUGGUCAGACCAGCAAAAAGAGUGUGUUCCAAAUGAUGAAUGUCGCCAACAGCUAACUCACAAUACAGUCGUGGCAGUAAAGGCUCUACUUAAUGCUACAAAAGAAGAACGAAGUAAGCGUGGAAAGUACAUAAAGUAUACACCAGAAUUGCGAGAUGAAAUUGCACAGUAUGCCCUUGCCCAUGGUAAUCAUGAGGCUACAGUUUAUUGGUCACAUAGACUUGGUGGUACAGUUAGUGAAAGUACUAUUAGAAACUUUAUUAAGACCUAUAAAAGUUACACUCCAGAAGUUAAGGAAGAAAUUGGAAAGUUUGCAUUUCAGUAUGGCAUUGAUGGUGCUUCAAGGCACUUCUCUGAAAAAUUAGGCCAUGAAGUUAGGAAAGGAUUAAUAAGAAAAUUUAAAAAGAAUUAUCUAAAAAAGUUUCCAGAAAUAGGUGACGUUGGAGGGGAACUUCAAGUAGGGUCAACUGGAAAACGUAGUGUAAAUUUACCCAGCACAUCUGCAAGACAAAAGCGCUCCUUUUCAUUGCAAAUGAAAGAUGAGAUUGGUCGAUAUGCAACUCAAUGUGGUAUAACUGCUGCUAUUCAGCAUUACUCUGAAAAACUUCAAUUUCCUGUUAAGGAAUCUACUGUGCGCAAAUUUAAAAAGCAGUUUGUGGACCGAGGGAAUGUUAGUGGUGCUACAGGAAGUGGUGGUGCAGCUGAAAACACAACUAUUGUGGGUAGUGGCACUGUCUUGACUGAUCACCAGGCAACAGCUCCUCAAACGAUAGAUGUGCUUCACUCUUCUCUCUCAGUACUAAAUGCUCCAGCCGUUUCUGGUACUGUAAAUGUAAGUACAGCAAAUAAUUUUGUAUAUCAACAUCCAUAUCAUUUAAAUAUGGCACCGGGACCACAGGCAAAUACUGUUCUUCCUAUGAAUCACAACUCAUUAGCAUUCCAUCAAGGUGGCGUCAUAAAUCAAGGAAUGGCUGCCCCUCUCUCAUACCAGCAGCCUGGAGCACCUCCUGCAUCUUCAGUAAUAAUGAACCAAAGCUUUACGCAUCAAGCCCCAACAGGGUUUCAGCAAGGAUAUAUUGGGUUUACUCAGGGUGGUGGGGCAGGGGUAACAACAACACAUGGACAAAUAGCACCCCUUGCCAUGACUCAUACAAGUGUAGCAGCUACCAGUAUGGCACAUUCUCCACUGCCACUCACUAUGAGUGGGGCACAAGCAACACACAUGUCACAGUUGAGUCAUCACAGUGUAGGUGUUCCUGUAAGUCAAGCUCACCUGACUCAAGCAACCACUGUUCCUCAUACUGUUGCCAGUGGAGCACAGCACCCAGCUCACCACCAGCUCAUUGCCUCAUUCCAUCAACCUCUAACUGGCUCUCUUAAUUUUGAAGGUGGUACUUUACAUGCACAAGCUAACCUGAACAAUGAACCUCUUAGUCUCAUGAAGGAAACCCAUGAGCAGACUACUGGGGUUAAUUUAGGAGGCCAAGGAGAUGAUAGUCUACAUGGUCCUGGCACAGAUGGGUCUGCACCCCAGCAAGGUCUCGGUCACAUGGGAGAACAACCUGGCCCAUCAAAUCAACAGGACAGUAGUAUUCUAGGCAUUGAAGAUGAAGAUGAAUAUAGUGAUCCACCCACACCAAGGAAAAAAAGACAUAAAAACCGGACUAGAAUUCGAAUAAAAGGAAACACUGGUUUGAGUAAACGAGGUAAUUAUGCUUCAUACAGUCCGGAACUUCGUGCUGAAAUUGGAAAGUAUGCAGCAGAACAUGGUAAUCUGGCAGCAGUUCAGCACUUCAAGGAGCAAUUAGGGUUUGAGAUACCCGAGAGCACUGUUCGAGGCUUAAAGGACAAAUACUUGAUUAAGCGUGUAAGGGGAAAAAAGGAAGUAGUAUCAAUUGGAUUUGCUCAAAGAGGAAGGCCUAUGCGAUUAGGAAAAUAUGAUGAGAUUGUUCAAGACUGCAUAAGAGAAUUGGUCAAAGAUGGAGAAAAGGUUUCCUCAUUUUUGGCCAUCGCAACAGCUAAACAAGUCUUGAUGCAGUAUGAGCCUAGUCUGCUGGAGGAAUAUGGUGGACCUGUCAAGCUGAAUCCAACAUGGGCAAAGAGCUUCCUUAAGCGUAUUGGACUUCAUCAGUUGGCAUAAUAUUGCUGUGAUCUUAUAGUAUUAUUUAUUGGUAUGAUCUCAUACUUUUUCUUUUAUUUAAUAUGUAUAAAAUGUUUAAACAAGUAUAAUAGGGUUGUGAUAAAUUUUGUUGACAUCACCAUCUCUGAAAGGCUAGAUUGAUAAUACUUUUGUCAGAAAAAUGUUGUCAAUGUUACUAAUGCCAGACAAUGACUACCUCUUAUUGCUACCUCUAUAUUUAGAUGCACAACACAUUGCUGUAUAAAUAUGUAAUAACCAAGUUACAGGGUAGUUGUUAAAUUAUCAUGAAGUUUUACUGCUGUACUUUAUAAUAUCAUUUGCUACUUUGCCAUUGUUUGAUGCAUUUUCCACAUUCUGUGGUUUAGUUAUUAAUAUUAAUAGAGUAUUUAAAUGUAGUUUAGUCAUUGUAACUCCAGUCUUAUUUUAGUCUAUGAAAGUAACUCUGUUUAUACAGGAAACACUUUUACCUAAUUUGGUAAGAGCAUCUAGCAACACAAUCAAUUGAUUAUGCACUACUACUGGUGUCAAAUGCUGCUUAGUAGGAGCCAAUCAUGGUGCUAAUUUGUGUUUUAAGAUGACUGUCGCUGUACCGGUAAAUACCUUGCGAGCUCUUUUGUAAUGCAGGUAAAUAUAUCGCGACAAAAUCCAGAAAUGGGUCACUCCUAGUAUUCAAUGUUUUCUUAGUGUACCUGAUAUGUUUCCGAGGCUGUUUUCUCUUUAUAAACAGUAUGUAAAGUUGUAUUAUUUAGAUAUAAAAGCUACAUAGUAGAAAGAUUCAGCAGUAUAAAUUGAAAUGUGUUUUAAAGAAUUUGGUUCACUAAAACAUUUUUGCAUAAAGUAAGUCAUUUAGCUUGUUGCACAUUAUAUUGAGAUUAGUGUUAUGGUUCAUUUUUGUGUUGUCAAGUAAUUUUUUUUGAAACCACACUGGGUAGAAUUACUUGAAACCUGACUGGGAUGUACCACAGGUGCUCCCAAUAAAGUUAGCUAGUAGAAUUCUUCUUUUAUUGUUAUUUAUCAUCAUCAUCAUUCAGUAUCCAUUUCCAUUGUCAUAUUAUCAUCAUAAUUGUCAUCAUGAUUAUUAUUAUAAUUAUUACUAUUAUUAUUACUACUAUAACUUAAAUCCAAAAUUAUAAACAUGUACUUGACGAAUUGUGUAUACCAUAAAGAUUGCUAUUCAGGAAAUCCCUAGACCAAGGAAGGGGGGUGCCUCUGGCUUGGAAAUCAGCAAAUAUUUUCCCCAAUCAUUAGGAAAGGUGCAGCAGAAAACUUGCAUCAUGCCUAACCUCAUAUACAUACAUGUAAGUGCCUUAAAAGAAAGGCACUUAAAGUGCCUUAAAAGAGAAAAAAGCAUUAGCCAAGCACCUUACAACACACAAUCUUGUCAAUUACAACAUGUAUUUAUAAUUAAUAAAUCUUCCAUGGAAACUUAUAUUUUUUAAAUUUGUUUUUGACUCCAAAGAUCGUAGCUUUCAAGUUUAUAAAUUCUGGGAUACCCUUUUUGUAAUUAAGAUUAACAACAUUGAGAGAAUGAUUUCAAACCACAUCAUCAAAUUUAUUUAAGAUUUAUAAAAAAAUAUGAAUCAAUCAGAGCAUUACUUCCAUACCAAAUUACUAGUAUCUUCAUAAACUUCACAAAAUGGUCAAUAGAUGGGCAAACUCAAUUCAGACAUAGACUUAACCCACACAUUAAAAGACAUGAAAAAGGGAUGACUAUUUACUUAAUAAUGGUUCAAGAUGAACCAAAUUGACACUUUUUUCAAAUGCUAUUCACAAUAGAAUACAGAAGAUUCUACAUCUGGGUAACAUCAUUUCAUGUCAAAACUACCAUAUUGAAAAUACAGUACUAUCUUAAGAGAAUGGAAGGAAACUUUGUGUAAGUCAGUCAAUCUAGAAAGCAUUCUUAAAAAAACAACCAUUACUAAGAAUUCAUCCAACUUGCCUUUCAAUCCAAAGAUAAGACAAUUAUAAUUCAGUUCUAAAAAAUUACUACUGUAAGAGGCUUCCUAUACCCUGAUAAUGGAAAUCAAAUUAACCACCUAGAAUGGAUUUAUAUUAUUCUAGUUGCAUUGUGACCAGUUUCAAAUAGUUUCACUGUUUAUACACCUUUGACAUCUCUUUUUUUUUUUUUUUUUUUUUUUUUUUUUUCCCCACCAGUAUUAUACUGGUAGGGUAAAGAUUACUGGUAGGGAUAUUAUAGGCUUUCUCUGUAACCCUCCUAUUACUCCCUGCCACCAAUUCAAACCACUACCCCAGACCAUACUUUAGAGUACACACUACAGUACCAACAUCAAAUCUGCACAUUAUAAAGUGUGAACCUAAACUUAAAAAAAGUGUUGCGGUUUUCAAUACGGCUAUUGUCUGAAUUAAGAGGACUAAACUAUGAGGACAUAGUACGGGAAGUCCAUGUCACAGCCUUAAAGGAGAGAAGAAGCAGAGCGAAUACGAUCACUUCGUACAAAAUUCAAAAUAGACAAGGUGUACAAAAAAUGCCUUUUUAAAUUAGCAUACAUAGAACUUUGGAAGUGAGAAAUGUAAAUGAUUCAAUGAAACAAAAAAAAUAAAAUUUUCAUACUUUGUGGAUGGUCAAUAAGAGGAAUGUUGUAAGUGGAAGUUAUGAAAGCCACUGCCAUCUACAAUUUCAAGGACAGAUAUGACAAAGAAUUUGAAUGUCAGGAAAGUUAAAUAAUGCUCCAGAUACAAAAAAAAAAAAAAAGGCUAUUAUGAGAGGCAUCAAGAAUUAGACCUCAUUUCCCCAUAGUCACUGUUAUAUAAACAUACUAGAAAUUGUGACAGGUAAAUUUAGGCAAAAUAGUAUUAUCACAAUUAGUAUAAUAAUCAUCAUCUUUAUUAGUGUCAAUCACUUUGUUUUACUAUUAUUAUUUUGACUUGUUAUUACUUAGUAUUAAUUGCAUAUUUUUAACCAUUACACUUUACUUAUAGGGCAAAAGCCUAUGGACAACGCAUGUAAUUUAUCACAGUUGGUAGACUUCCUUACCAAUAUAAUGAUUGUGUUGUAUAAAAAAUACAGUACAUAAAAAAAUGGAAUCAGCGUUCAAUACAUUUGUAAUAUUGUGCAAUAAUUUACCAUUGCAGCUCUUCUUGAUCACAAUGUAUUAAUUUUUAAAUAAUAUGCUGCAUGCAUUGGUAAAAAAUAUAGACACACAAAAAUAUCAAUACUGUACUGUACAGUAUCAGCAGUUUGACGUUCCGACCCACCAGCAUGUACUGUACCAUAAACAUUUUGGGCAUCUCAAGGUCCCGGUCAAUUAGGUCUUGGGUUAUAACUAUAAUUUUGGUGUCAAAAGGUUCACAAAUGAAUAUGCUUGAAUAUAGAUGGAGGUAAAAUGUGUGUUGAUAUUAGAUUGUGUGUGAUGGUGCCAAAUAUACAAAUGUUCAUGAAAAUUUUAACAUUCCUCGUAUAUGUUUCAACAUUCCUUAUUUAUUUUUCAACACAAAUCAAAAUAAAAAAUAUGGAAAUAUGUGCAUAUAAUCAGUCUAUGUUGCUAUAAAAUGAAAACAUCAAAACUUUUAUAAUUUUCACUGUGCAAAGCAGUGAAAAUAUUCACAAGUAGAGCACUUAUCAUCUUGAGUGGUGGGUGGUUGGCCGAGAUGAUCUCUGAAAGGUCCCUGAUGCUUUUGUUAGUUCCCAGAUAAGCUAUUUUUGCUUAUAAUUUUUUGUAUUAAUCUUUUUUAUUUUUUUAAGAAAAGAAAAUAGAUUUGAGAAUUUUGAGAUGCAUAACAUGCUUUAGUCAUCGGAACAUUUACUGUCAAAGUACUGUACAGAUGAUGCAUUGUAACGUCAUCAGAAUGCUAAAGUGUUUUAACAAGCAAUGUAACUAAGUGCACUAGAGAUACAUUGAUCAAGUUUUUUCUGUAGGAAAACCUACAAUGUAAUAGUGCUUUUGGAAAUAUUGUAACAUGCAAACUACUGCUUGAAAUUCCAAUAAAGCUUGUCAUUAUUUAAUAUAUCCAAAAUUAUUUCUAAUUUGUUAAUGUUUACUUUUAUAUAUAAUUAUAUGUUAUUAAUUUUUAAGCUUUUAUUUGAAAUUUAGCACUGUAUUCUGUACGGUAUUUUUGUUGCAUGAAUAUACUACCUUUCCAGAAAGUUUCUGGUAAAUGAAUUGUUGACAUUGA